GCCGAUUUUCUAAAUCAGAGUCAUGUAUUUAAGAUUAGCAAUUUGUUGUUGGUUACUAUACUCCUUUGCACAGAAAGGGGUAAACUCAUUGCCUGGAACUGCAGCCAAGUUUGAGGAAGAUGAGUUAAUAGUUGAGUUGGAAAACCUAGGCAAAAUCCGUGGACAUGUUCUUCAAAGCGCAGAAGGAAAAGAUUUCUACGCUUUUCAAGAUAUUCCCUAUGCAGAACCUCCUAUAGGAAAAAACAGAUUUAAGCCCCCCAAACCUCAUGGACCGUGGGAAGGAAUAUUGAAUACAACAAGCAAUAACAAAGUCUGUCCUCAACAAUUUCUUGAAACAAAGCAUAUGCUUUCUGAUUUAAAUGAAGAUGAAGAUUGCUUGGUAUUGAAUGUAUAUACACCAGUGAAACCCAGUUCUAAUAAAUCAUUACCAAUAUUCUUUUGGAUACACGGUGGAUCUUACGUUUAUGGAGCUGGUUCAAUAUUAUUUUACAACCCAAAGUUGUUGGUUGAUUAUGAUAUAAUAGUAGUAACAAUAAACUAUCGAUUAGGAGCACUUGGAUUUUUGACAACACUUGAUGAGAACAUACCAGCAAACUUGGCACUUAAGGAUCAACUUCUAGCGCUAAAAUGGACACACCAAAAUAUCCAUAAAUUUGGAGGGGAUCCCAAAAAAAUAACAGUAGGUGGCGAAAGUGCCGGAAGUAUAUCCGCUGGAUUUCACUUGUUAAGUAGAUCAGCAAAAGGCUUAAUUAAUGGGAUCAUCCAACAAAGUGGGUCACCAUUAUGUGGUGUCUUUUAUCCAACAAAUGACAGAAAAUUGGCAUUUGAAUUCGGUAAAACGUUAAACAGUUCAUUUACUUCUGCCGCAUCAAGUGAUUUAUUAGAACUUUUACAACAAGCAUCAACCUCAGAUAUAUUAGCUGUUCAGAGUAAGUUGACUUCUGGAAGAUCUGUAGGAUUUAUGGAUGCCAUUACAUAUAAACCUGUCAUUGAAGGUACCUUUAACGAUGAUGCUUUUAUUACUGAACCGAUGCAUGGUGCAGUACAGGAUGGUCAUUUUAAUUUAGUUCCUAUAUUAAUAGGAAUCACUUCUGAAGAAUCCUUAAUGUUUUUGUUUGAAAUUAAUGAAAGUGAUAUUGAGAAAAGAGCCAAAUAUCUUGAUGAAGAUCCAAAAAAUCUUAUAGGAGAUUACCUUAAUGUAGCCGAACAAGACAGAGCAGCAGCUGGCUCUAUUCUACAUACGUAUUAUAAUUAUUCUACUUUUACAGAAGAUAGAACUGCGUUAAUAAAAUAUACCAGUGAUGAAGUUUUUACGAGAUCAGUUAUACGUCAAGCUGAAUGUGCUUCACGAUAUGUACCUGUUUACAUGUAUGAACUAUCAUGGUUACCCGAAGGUAGUACUGAUAUAGGAGUUCCACAUUCAGCGGAUUUAUGGUAUUUAUGGGAUACGAUGGCAUUUGGCGACAAUAAUGAAAUAUUGCGGAAACCUAUACUAAAGUGGUGGACUAACUUUAUUAAAUAUCAAAACCCCACCCCUGUUUUGGACGAAGAACUUCAAAACGUGAUUUGGCCAGAAGUACAACCGAAUGCUGUUAAAUAUUUAGAUAUAAAUUCUCAAUUCACAGUGAAGGAAAAUCCUCGAAAUUAUUAUAAUUUGAAAUCUCUCUUGGACUCCUUUAUAAAACCUCCCUAUGUUUCGUAUUAAACAGUAGAAUAAAUUUUAUUUUAAACAAAAUAAACGUAAACGUAAGUACGAUUAA